UUUAUUUUAUAGCCUACUUUUUUUUUUAUCAUCAGUUCAUGACUUGCGUUCUUCAAUUGUCUACGGCGACCGCUCUCGCUUACCUCCUUCUCGCCAUCUCUUAUAUACGUAGUAUUUGGAUUCGCCAGCCACGUCUUUCAUUCUCGCCGCGAGCAGCCCAGCUGACGGAAGAGGCCGAGACCACCAACCUUGAGGCCGCCGACUGUAGACUAGGGAGCAGCCGCGAGCACAGAACCUCAGAGUGGAAUUCGACCUUCACGGCUUCAGGUUCAGCUGGAAGCUGCCGUAAGGGGUAUCAGUGUGUAUGCAUCACUUUUCAGCUUGAAGCUGAUAUUGAUAAAGAAUUGAAGACCAAGCGUUCCUACUUUAAAGAUAAAAUGGAGUUAAUGACUCAUUCUUCACCCUUUUUCCUCCCAAACACUCCUGCUGAUGAGGGCCAUGCACUAACUUAUGCUCUCGUCAUCCUCAACCAACGCCUCCCACGAUUCACUCCUCUACUCUGGAAAGCAGCACAGCUACAUAUUUGCGCUGAUGGUGGAGCGAAUAGAGUGUUUGAUGAAUUGCCUCACUUCUUUCCUCAUGAGGACGUCUCUGAUGUUCGUAAGAGGUACAAACCAGAUGUCAUAAAAGGGGACAUGGACUCAAUCCGAGAUGAAGUUCGAGACUUCUAUUCUGGCCUUGGAUCAAGAGUUGAUGAUGAAUCUCAUGAUCAGAACACCACAGAUUUGCAUAAAUGUAUUGCUUAUAUUCAUGACUUGCCCGACCUGAAAACCCCAAAUUUGUUCAUACUCGUUGUUGGAGCACUUGGCGGGAGAUUUGACCAUGAGAUGGGUAACAUUAAUGUUCUCUGCCAGUUUGCGAGUACACGAAUUGUUCUUCUGUCUGAUGAUUGCCUCAUCCAGCUUCUUCCAAAUACACACCAUCACGAGAUUCAUAUCAAUCCCUCCGUUGAAGGCCCACAUUGUGGUCUCAUUCCCAUUAAAAUGCCUUCUGCGAGCACGACAACCACAGGGCUUAAAUGGAAUCUCGCUAAUAGUGAAAUGAGAUUUGGGGGUUUAGUCAGCACGUCAAAUAUUGUCAAAGAAUCCGUCGUCACUGUCCAGUCUGAAUCUGAUCUGCUUUGGACAAUCUCUAUUAAACAAGAUAUGAACAUUCAAUGAGCUUUUGCUGUGCAUAGCACAAAUCACUUUGGCUUCAAUGCUAGAUAAAGAUGUUAAUGCUGUGUUUUCCUAUUGUGGGGUUGUCCUUUCCACAUUGGAUUGUUUGUUUUUCCCAUAAAUCCAGAAUUUUGGUAUGUUGGAGCAUUUCAGUUUUAUUAUUUCUGAAAAUUGAGCAUUUGGCAUGCCUUGGAGACCCCCCCCCCCCCCGGAACUGCCCACAUGGAAGACUGAUGAUGCGUGUGUGGAACUGGUGUGUAUUGAUUCAGGAAAGUGCAACAAAUGCUGGCAUGUAAACUUAGCCACCACGACCAUUCGUCUGCAACCUUCAGUGGAAGGGGUGAAAUUUUGUAAAAGGACCUCUCAAUUAUUAUGGUGCAUAUUGCAAUAUGAAGAGUGUUUUCUGUUAAUAUAAGUAGUAUGUUAUAUGUCCUAUUUUUGACCAAGUUUUGUGCUAUGUUAGAACUGAGAAGAGCUUUGGGGAUCGUGAGUUGCUUGUUAGACACAAGGUUAUGUGUGAUUCUGUUGUAAUCUCUAUCCAAUUUUUUAUUUAAUGUUGAAUUAACAAUUCUCGCGACCAAAUUCCCGUCACUGCUAUUAUGCUACAGAGUACAAUCUAACCUGAUAUAGCAUGCAGUGCCAGUUCCACAUUAAUGUCAAACUGAUUCUCG